GCGUAUUGAUCACUGACACAGUCGCUCCCCUCAGUCAUACGUCCUCGGCGCUACGUGAAUUGGGCGACACAAAAUCGUGGAAGAGUAAGGAGGAAGAGUGAAGAUUUCGGUGUCACGUAGUUUAUAGCUGUGAUAAGGAGCACUGACGAUAUAUGUUUUGACAAGCGAUUGAAGAAAUCAGCUGUCCGGGUACUGGUGCACUAAUUAACAUCAGACGAGCUACAGUGUGAGAACUGGCUCUAGCAUGUCUGAGGCUUCCUAACAGUGAAGGGACACGAUUACCUUCACCUGAUAGAACCAUAGGUGCUUCCCUCUGACAGCAGACACAAGUGAUGACAGAGAUGCGUAAGGAGCCCCCUUGAAAUGGAUCUGAUCGACUAUAUUUCUCAGAUCCGCGCAUGCGUAGUGGAGAAAUUCUCUUCCUCCCCGUCAAGAGAUGUUCGACGGGAGACAACCGCUGGUGGUGACAGACGGGAUUCCGAAAUUGGAUCGUCUGUGGCGGAUAGAACGUCCAGGGACGAAGCAAGGCGGGAGAAUGAGCAGUUGUCUGCCGAGGUUGAAGGCGCCCAGAGAGAGUACAAGAAGUUGAAGCAGGUGGUGGAGCACCUGACCAGGGAUUACGAGGCAUCUAAGGACUUCGACCCUUUACGGAGGUACAAGAAGAUGAAAGGGAUGGUGAAACGUACCGUCCUUCACCUGCGGCUAGACCCAGACCAGCAGGGGUCUUCCCAGGGGAUUGUGGGGCUGGUCCAGGGGUGCAAGGACUACACCCUGCAGCUCGAGGGCGUCAAGAGACGAGGGGAGAGAACUAACAAGAUGAGAAAGGAGGACAUCGUGUCUGAGAACGAGAAGCUUCAGGAACAGAAGAAGGAGCUGAAGCGGAAGUGUUCCAUCAUCCGGGAUCUUGUGCUGAAGCUUGAACGCAACUACGAACACUCCAAGCGCUUUAUGAUGGCGCAGAGAUAUGGCAUGAUCAAGGACAUGAUCAAAACAGUCAUUCAUGAUAAACUCAUACAGUGAGAGUUAUUCCCCUUACAUUUGCUGUUUGUGAUGCCGGUUGAGUAAUUUGAGUGGCUAAAACAGAUUUUCAAGGACCCGAAAACUAACUAAAGACGAUGCUAUCUGCACAUGUGCUUCUGUAGAAACUGUGAAAAACCUGCGAAUGUGUGAUUUAACUGAAACAGAUAUUCAUAAGUUAUGACUAUUGUCAUCUGCCGUGAUAAGCAUAUAAAACGUGGAUAUCUCUACCAACACCGUCAUCGUGAUGUCAUCAUAUUGGCUUUAAACCUACACAUACAUAUUACAGUAGUGGAUCGUACAUAUUAGGAACGUCAAUUUGUAAAGGGCGACGACAGUUUUAAGCGAUAAACCGGAGUCCGAUGAACUUACGCCAGCUUCACUUGUGUCGACGUGUUACAAGAGCAGGUGUUUGUGUCCAUGUGUUACCAGAGCAUUCAUGUCACCAGAGCAUGGGUUCGAAUCCACGUGUCACCAGACCAUGGGGUUCGUGCCCACGGGUAACAAGAGCAUUCGACGUGUCACCAGAGCAGGGGUUCUUGUCCACGUGUCACCAGAGCA